AUGGCGGCGCUGGGCUCGCCUCUCCGUACUUUCCGCGGUCUGCUGCGCGAGCUCCGCUAUGUGCAAGGCGGCCGCUCCUACCGGGAGACGGAGGCUUACCAAUAUCUGAAGGAAGCCUUCCGCGCCCACCGGGUACGUUGGUGAGGAGGAGUCGGCACGGCUGUGGGGUCGCUGCGUUAACAGAAUGUGUGUCCCGCAAUGUCGUUUAUAAUGUCGACCUUCUAGGUUACGGUAAUGCACGCUGCGCGCGGCUGCCGUGGAUAACUAUAGCGUCUAGCCUCUUCAUAAAAUUAUAAGAGUGCAUUUCGCGCCUUAGGGUCUCCGCUAUCCUCUCCCUGCGGUUUUAUGGGUCCAGUUCAAGUUGUUAAUCCAGUACCUCACCCAAACAGCUUUGGUUUAUAUACCAACCCUCUUUUUGAUGUCUGCUCCCAGCUUUUAUCAGCUAAGAAAAUCAUCUUGAUAUAAAGCAAUUUGAGCGAAUGAGACCAAUAGGGGGUCCAGUGGUAAAGAAUGCUGUCUUUGCACAUGGUGUAGAGGGAAGUGAGGGGCAUAUGGGGCUUGUCAACCUGGUAAGAGAGCCCAUCUAGGAGAAGGAAAACUCUGAUCCUAAACCUCAGUCACCUUGCAACUAUCAACAUUCGUGAAAAAGGCUUUGGGAGUAAACCCUGAGGAAAAAUCAGUACCAACUGCCUUGUGGGACAUCUUCAGGAGAAGAAAAGGCUAAGAAGUAAACCCUACAUACAGCAAUCUGGAGUGGAGUCCCUAAGAUGGCUGGAUGGUGCCUUGUACGCCUUCUUCCGGCAACUCCUGUAGUCAAGCUGGUGCCAAACAUAUUGCUCUGCUUUCAUUUUGACUACAUCAGCGAGGCCGAGAGGCAGGUCUUGUCUGGUCAGCCCAGGACUUAUGUACACAUUGCUCAGGCUUGUGCCCCGGGAAGGUCACUUUGGUGCUACUAACAUAGUGGCACCUUCGGAGGCACACUCCAGUGUCUCUAGAACAGAGGUUUUCAACCUUUUUGAGUCCAUGGCUCCCUUGACCAACUACAGGAGUGACACUCCUAUGGGGCUCGGGAGCCCAGUUAUGUCACCUCUUGCCUGCAGAGCUGGCAGCCUUUCAUGCUUUUUCAAAACCCUCCCUUGUGGAGUGUUCUCUCAGCUUCCUGUCCUCUCCCAUCUCCUUGGGAGUCCUCUGGGCAGCCGCUGCUGCUACCCCUGGUCUCUUGAGCUGCUCCCCCUUGCUCCAAAAAGAGGUACCUCCUCAAACUGCCCCACAGGGGCCUGGGACUUAUCUGUUCAUUCCCAACAGCAAGGGCUGGAGGACUGGCUGAGCUCCCUCAACUGCUUGCUUACUCCAAGGCCACAUCAGCUCCUGGCAACCAGCACCCCCUGGCCAGCCCAAGGCACCAUUCACCUGUGGAGCUUGUAGCCAGGGCUGCAACAAACAGCUGAGCAAGCUUUUGGCAGAGAUGCAAGAGGGCAUCAGAGGAGGGAGAGAAGAAAAGAGAGACAGAGGCCAGUCUUGCCCAUGACACCCCUGAACAUCAUUCAAGGUACCCCAGGAUGCCACGGCACGGCACGGUUGAAAACCACUGCUCUAGAGAUAGACAGAUGCCAACAAUUGUCUAUGACUAAGUGUAUUAACUGCAAUUUCUGAACUUUCUUCAAAAGCAACUCCAUAUAGAUUACUGUUAAAUGCAGUGACAUCUGGAGGUUACUAGAGAUGUGUUAGGCCAUCUCUAUCUCGGUAGAGUCACAGCUGGCAUUCUAGUCUAAACUGAUAUGCUUGUUUAGCUUGGCCAUAAUAAUCUGAUCAAAUUAAAAUGUAUCUAGAUCUAGCAAAUUUCACAGCUUGAGGGGAUUCUAAUAAGAAUGCAUAGAUAUAUAUUUAUGAGGUUCUUAUGUUCACCUACCUCUCUGUCUGCAGGUAACCAGUGAAAAAUUAUGCAGGGCCCAGCAUGACCUACAUUUCCAGGCUGCCACCUAUCUCUGUCUUCUGCGUAGUGUCCGAGAACACUUAGCAUUGCAUAAGGAAUAUCAUGGCAAAGGAGAGCGGUCAACAGAGGAAGCAGCUGGUCUUGUAGGCCUUAAACUGCCACAACAGCCUGGAGGGAAAGGAUGGGAGCCGUGA